AUGACGGCGUUGCCACCCCGAAACGGUAGAAGAAAUGGAAGGAGAAAGGGGGAUGGAGUGGUGGAACAGCCGCCAGUGCUGCGACCAGGGGUAUCAUUUGAGUACACGUAUGUCUGCCCUCUAGACACUCGCAAGGUAGCCAUGGUAAUCAGUGCAGCGGCGGGAGCAGCAUUGUCUAUCGAGGCUGCUACAAACAAGAACGAGAUGGAGAAGUGGCGAGAAGUGCAAGUUUGGGAUUCGUAA